UUUCCUACGUGGAUCAUUGAUCCUCAACUACAUGAUGAUAUCGUAAGGAUGAACUUCCUCUCUCACACAAGUGAUGGUUUGACGGAUCAAGGGACUUGCGAGAGACCAAUCGACGCGGAAUUGAAUCAUCUCGAGCAUGUGCGUCGUUUGUGGUUAGGCCAUACCCCAAAUACGGCUUCGGAGAUGUCAGGCUUGGAGCAGCUUCCAGGAAUGGAAUCAGAAUCACCACCUUCAUGCGAAACAACCGAAAUGGGCGAUCGGAACUGUCAAGAUAUCAGGGCACGCUUACGAAUUGACCCCUACGAACCAUACGUUCCUUCUGUGGAGGCUGUGAACAUGGGUAUUCGAAUGUAUUUCGCCAAAGCCCAUCCCAUGUUCCCGGUUGUCCACGCAGCCACUUUCAAACCGUGCAGAGGGAGUGCAAGUCUUUUGGCAUCCAUGUGUGCGCUAGGCGGCCUGUUUACUGGCUCCGAACAUGGAUUACAGCAAGGAAUACACCUUAUUGAACGUAUAAUCAAGGCGACACUCCAGAGCUGGGAGCACAUCAUUGCCAAAAAUCUGGACAUGCUGAUACCAAUUAUCCAUAACGCGGUCAUAGCACAAUUGUUUGGCCUUCUGUCAGGAAGCUCUACCCUACUACUUGCUGUAGAUGCUUUCCACGGUCCACCAAUACUCUGGGCAAGGCAUUUACGGUUGCAUACCAAAGAACACAAAUUUUUUCUCGACUUCAAUGCUGACAACGCAAAAUUGAAUGAAGCCUGGCAUGAAUGGGCCCACGGCGAGGAGGUCCUACGGAUGAGGCAUAGCCUUUUUAUUAUUGAUGCCGAGUUGGCAAGCAUACUGCACCGCGAGCCACUCCAGAGCUUUCAAUCAUACAACCUGUCCCCGACCUGUUCAGAGAAUGUCUUUAUCGCGUCGAAUGCCCUAGCUUGGAAAGCAAGUUACCACGCGGAAUUACAGGCGCGAAAACAUCAAAUUCUUACUUUGAACUUCGGCGUCACGCUUUUGGAACCAAAAACCCUCGAGCAAGUGCCAUCAACAAGCCAAUUCACUGCGUAUGCAAUCCUACAAAGCUUCAGCAUUCAUGUUUUGUCGUUCAAAGCGCAGGAUGUCACGACCCACCAUUCAACAGAACACUUUCACCGACCGCUCAAUUAUUUUUAUCAUCAUUUUUUAGAAGCGUAUCUUGAUACAUCAUUACCCAAUGAUCCACUGCAAUUGAUUGUUUUGUGGCAUUUAGUAUACAUGGAAAUAUAUGCUGACUUCAAUCUCUUAGAAAUGGCUGUGGGUCGUGAGGGAUGCAAACUUUCAGAGGAACAAUUCUCCACUCUUCUCUCUUGGGCAGAUUCUGAAGAUGCAUUCAGGUGCGUUCUUCACGGUUUGAUGAUCCGCAAACAUAUCCAGGCUAUGAGCCUCGCUUCUGAGCCUGCUAUACAUACUCCUAGGGCUCUUUUUUGGACUGGCCUGGUGUUAUUUUGCUAUAUACGUUUUAGCUCAAACACCAAAGCACCGGCAUCACGCAUAUCAUCCGAAGUCCGCCAAUUUCCAGAACUAUAUCUUUCUGGCAUGGAUGUCUCCAUCCUACUCCCGGAGCUCAGAGAGGCAAAGGCCGAGGUUAACUUUUCUCUUAAAGCUAUUUUAUUGUCAGCUGUUGAUUUAUUGGACAAGAUUGGGCAUUGGGGAGUCUCACGCAGGUUUUCGGCUUUACUAAGAGCAAUUUGCGAUUACGCCUUCUGCUGUAAUGAGAGUUGGGCUUGAGAGAUUGAAUACUCGCGCAAAUCAAUU